AUGUCGCUCUGCAUUCAUUUGGACAAACCUGCAGGACAUGCCUAUACCAAUCUCGAUAUUCUAUCCGGCCAUGUUUCUUUGGAGCUCCCUAGCGAUGAAACUAUAACUUCAAUUGUUGUAAAAUUGGAAGGACUCGUGCAAACCAGGCUCAAGGAACCUAAGCGGCACGAAGAGGACAAGGAAAGCAAAAGAUGGGAAACUGAGCUACACAAGGUCUUGUAUCUCACCAAAGUCGUCUUUCCAGCAGAUGAAGUCCAAAAGCAGUCCACCUCGACCACCGGAUUUAAACUCAAGAAGGGAGAAUACAAAUAUCCAUUCGAAUUUAGAAUCCCGAUAAAUAAUGUUUGUAUUCCGCAAACUGGCAUUCUCAAAACGUUGAGCGACUUAGGUCAAGGAUUUGAUCCAGUAAAGGAAACACAGAAACAAGGGCAUCAUGUUAAGACAACUCUUCCGCCUUCCCUUAGUGGAAUACCCCAUGAUAUGGCGUGGUGUCGAUACUUCGUUAAGGUCACUCUCAACCGCCCCCAGUUUUACCGAACGAACACCCGAAAGUUAGAGCUCUUUGUCCUUCUCCCAAUCGAACCACCAAGGCCACCUCCAACUUCAAGAGAAACAUUUGCCAAACGAGAACAUCUCCAAAAUUACCAACAGGGUCCGCCGAGGAAAAAGCGUGGUCUUUUUGACUCGUGGAGGGGUAGGCCGGAUGCUUUACCUCCACCGAUAAACCAGUCUCGAUUCUUCGUCGAAGCCCGUCUACCUUCGCCUCCUAUCAUAACACCAAAAGAACCCAUUCCUCUACGAAUUUUAUUUACAAAACUUGCGCCAUUCACAGCCCCCAUUAUUCUGCGUUCACUCCAGAUUCGCCUCAUAAGCACGACACAUAUUCGCGUGCAUGAUAUCAAACAUGACCUAAUAUCAUCGAGUCAUGCCCACAGCAGUACCCAGUUAGCAAUCCCCAUUGGCCACCCUAACUCUCCCGUCGGGGAAGAAUUAGAAGCCGAAGGUUCGGCAUGGAGCCAGUGGACAUUUCCCAGUUCGGUUCAGCCGAGUUUUGUAACCUGCAACAUCCGUCGUAAGUACGAUCUUGAGAUCUCUGUGGGUGUUAGUCUCGGGUUACAACCACAGUUCGAGGUUGUCAGUCUGAUAAUGCCCGUCGAAGUUUUCUCCGGAAUUCGCCCACCACCCCAGCUCCAACUUCUAAGUUCUCAGCGUCGAAGACCAUCGAAUACUUCACCACCAAAGGAAGUGAAGGGGCCACAAACCGCGACCGCAUCUGCACUAUCAACUAUGCCAGUCAUAUCAGCUAUUUCCCCAGCACCUUCAUCCUCACCAUCGUCAACCAAACUUCCACCCCUCCAAACAAACACAAAUGCCAAUACCGCAACCCCCGUAGAAUAUCCCUUUAGUCCCAUUCAAGUUGCUGAUGGGACACCGCCUGGGACUUUUGUUGCGACAAACUCGCCCGUUAGUGCGGUCGAUGACCUACCUCCAACAUAUGAUGAGGCGACCGCGGUGAAUGUUGGGCCCGUUAGUGGACCGCGCCGGGAAUUUCAACUAGAACCGAGCUAUUUCACGCGGCCUGCUGAAAUGGAAACUCAAAUGACUGGGAAGAGCUAG